UGCAACUAGCACUGCCGGUGCGUUUCUGUCAUCUGGGCAUUGAAGUUAACCAUCUAGCUCUAUGAGUAAAGUAACUACAUUUGUACACUCCUUCCUCUAUCGUGGAUUCACCGGAGGUCAUGAGCGGACACUUGGGGCCGGACGCUAGCAAUAUACACUCGGCCUGUGAAAAUCAAUGCAUCUGGACUUAUACGAUACAUGUGUAGAGAAUAAAUGUAUAUAUAACACUGUGAUUCCUUCAAUGCUCAUCAAAAUAACAAAGUGUCUUCAGUUACGGCGGAGGUAGAUCUGGACGAUCUUUCAACAGCUGAUGAGUAAAGGGACCAUCAAGAGCUCACGGAUUCGUAAUACAGUAAGCCCCUAGCGGACCGUGAGACUAGACAUUCUCUGUGUUGUGUGAUGAUUCCUGGCUACUCGCUCUGCUAUUGUUAGGCUCCGUGGAGGCUACAGGGGAAGUCACAGGUAGCUACAUCGCAGUUUUGAUCUGGGCACAGUGAACUUAUAAAUAAUACUUGUUCGAUUUUUGAAAAGGCUGAAUGACAGAGAUAGUGCUUCUGUCGCCCCAUUAACUGCCGGUAGAGGUUUGUGCUUUUCUACGGUACCUUGACACACCGGCGACCUCCUUUGGUUGACUGACGCCACACGGUCGUGCGUUGAAGCCCCGGUGGAGUCUCAUCGAAGCCCACCGUAGACGCAUUCAUAUUUACCGUGCCUCUGGGUUGUCUAUGAAGGCGUUUUCCUCGACACCUCAUUCUAUACACUAUAUCACAGUGAAGACACUUACAGAUCUACUCCACCUGAAAAGACCCGACCAAACCCAAUUUUAUUGCACGACAAACUCAAUUCAUAUUGUUGUUAGACAAGUAUCGGGUGUUUACCACGCUGCUGCAUUUACUGUCAUAUAGUGUCAGUGUGACAUUGGUUUGCCGCUACCUUAUCUGCAACUAGUCUGUUUCGUCGGAUGGCGGUGUUAUAUGAACGUUAGUGAUAACACAUCCACAAGUUACGAGAGAAAAAAAAAUACAUCAUCAUGGGAAGGAAACAAAUAAGAUGGAACAGACGUGAACUUGCUUCUCUGUUAAGGCUGACUCUGUUUAUGUGGUGGACAGUAAACCGGACCUAUGGACAGCUAAUCGGGAACAGGGCUAACUGUGAUAAGGAAGGGGAAGUCGUAGAUUUGCCAAUUUUGCUAGGAAAUCCAUGUAUUCAGUGUAUAUGCAAGAAUGAAGUUAUAUCAUGCAAAAGGGAAACCUGCCCGAAACUAGACGACUGUGCCCUUAUAUUCACCACUCUGGGGAAGAGUUGUUGUGAAAAAUGUAAAAUUUGCAGAUAUAAUGGCGAAGCAUAUACAACCGGGCAACGAUGGGUUUCGCACAAUGACCCAUGCCAGCAGUUUGAAUGUCGGGAAGGUGUAGUGACAGCAUCACGGACACAUUGUGUAGCACCGAGCUGUGAGAACGCCACUAUUAUCCCUGGCGAUUGUUGCCCAACAUGCCCAGGUUGUUUCUUCGAAGGAAAGUUACACACAGAAGGCACCACAUUUUCUCCUGACAGUGACGCUUGCAUCAAAUGCACAUGCACGAAAGGUGGAACAACAUGUCAAAAAUUAAUAUGUCCGAUUCUUUCAUGUCCGCAAAACCAACAGAAGAUUUUACCUGGCGAGUGUUGUCCUCAAUGCGUUGCUCCGAGGAAGGUGUUCGAUCUUGGUCACCGCUGUCUUUUCGACUCCAGUGUUUAUGAUGAUGGUCAAAACGUUUUUUCAGAGAAGUGUACAAAGUGUGUUUGUCUCGAUUCUACAGUGAUGUGUCAGAGAACAACAUGUCCAGCUGAUUUAUCAUGCCCCAAUGAAGAGAUCAUACAUAAUGAGGACGAGUGUUGCCCGAAAUGUAAACCCAAAACGUGUCGAUAUGCCGGGGAGGUAUACCAGGAGGGCGAGAGUUGGGAACCACACGCCUGCGAAUCGUGUCAGUGUGUGGGUGGAGAGGCAAUGUGUACAACAGAAACAUGUCCAGCAACUCUUAUCUGUGCAAAGAAUCACGUACUACAUAGACCAGAUGGAGAAUGCUGUCAAAGGUGCAAAGAAAAGAAUGCUUUGUGCUCAGUCUUUGGGGAUCCGCACUACAGGACGUUUGACGGUCGUUUAUACAACUUCCAAGGAACUUGUAAAUAUAUUCUGACAUCUGAUUGCCACGAUAGAACAUUCACAGUACGUGUGCGAAAUGACGGCAGGCAAACCGAUAAUUUCGCAUGGACCAAGACUGUCUUCAUCAGUAUAAGUGGUCACCAGGUCACUUUACUACAAGACUAUGCGGUCAGAGCGGAUAAGAAAGAUGUGUCUCUACCGCACGUGAUCCCUAACGUCUUAGCUGUGGAGAGUGAUGGAUUUCUUAUAAGAGUAACCACACAAAUUGGCCUUGAAGUUACUUGGGAUGGAGAUAGUCUGGUCGAGGUCUCCAUGCCACCAACCUUCAAGAACAAACUGUGCGGCCUCUGCGGAAACUACAACGGUGAUCGUUUGGACGACUUCAAGCUCAGACACAGCAAUGCAAUUGCAGAUAAUGCAGAGCAGUUUGCAGAGUCAUGGGUCUCUGGUACUAAAGAGAGAUGCGUCAGACCCCCAACGAAGACACCGGCCCCCUGCGAAGGCAAUCCCAAGAGACGCUUGAGGGCGCACCGUGAGUGUAAGGUUCUGAGAGCCAAGCAGUUCGAAAGUUGUAGUGAAGUGGUAGACGUUUGGACGUAUUACAGAUCUUGUAUUUCUGACAUGUGUGAAUGUCCAAAACAUAAACUAUGUUCCUGUGAGGCUCUGAGGGCGUUUGUCAGCGCAUGUCAACAAGAAGGGAUCGAGGUUGAACUAGAAACCACAUCUCCUUGUACAGUUGGCCAAACCUGUCCAGAAGGCGCUGUUUUCGACGAGUGUGGCCCACCCUGCCCUCGCACAUGCGCAAACAGAGACGAGUCGUCCACGUGUAGACAACCCUGUGUAGCUGGCUGCCAGUGCCCAGCCGGAUUCGUCAUGCACAAAAAUAGAUGCAUACAAUCAGAUGAGUGCCCGUGACCCUCAGUCUCUUAAACUCUAUAUUAUUUUUUAUAAAUGAAAUCUUUAAUAGGGGAAACCCCUGCACCAUUCUUUUGAAAAAGAAAGUCUCUUUUGUUGCCACCUCCUGAAAUUCUGGAGCCCAAUCUAUGUGCAGUUGGUGGGUUUAGUCGUAUCUUAGAUGUUGAACCAAUAGAGGGCUCAGUUCAUUGGUGUCCAUGCAAGUUCGGUUGGCGACUAAACUUGAGUAGACCUACUAGACUAACCAGAAACCAUAGAGCACAGGGAGAUUGACCAUAUUGAACCAUGCACUGGUGCAUGGUCGACCAUUUCGAGAGCUGCGUCACAGUUUCUGGUCAAGUCUGGUUGCUCACACGAACUUGCUUCUUGCUAGUCCUUUAAUUGGCUUUUUGGAGCAAGUUGACAGGCUUGUGUUACAUGUCUGACGUAGAGGGCGUAAAACCGUACACACCGCUCACAGCAUUUUAUGGUUGUAUUUAUAGAUUCUUAGUUUUUCAACAGUUUUUGAUUCGUUUCGAGGGAAAUGAAUGUUGGUUUCCUGCACCUGGUUUGCCUGCACCUGCAUUCUUACAAAGCCCAAAGAAUAAUCACCUGUUCAUUUAAAGUGGUCAUGUUAAGAUGAAAACAUUUCUCGGCAGCUGAUUUGUCUGCUUAAUGAGCAUUAACUGUGUAACAUUUACUGUGACUUGUACCAAGUACAUUGAGUGUAUUAACUACCCCCCCCCCCCCCCCCCCCUCCCCACAACACACAACCCCUCAAGUUGCUGUGGAAAAAUCUAGCUUUUACAAUUGCUUGUUACGGUUUCCAUUUCUCAUAUAAUUUUGGGAAUUAAUCGCAAGUAUACGGUUUGCUCCACCAAUUCUAUUGGCCUACGUGAUCGAGCACCAUGUGGCAACCACAUUGAAACCUCUGAAAUUCAACGACUGCUGCCUUGUAUAGUCAAGCGGCAAAGCUGCUGUUUUGCGUUGUUCGAAUCGUUUUGCAGCAGCGAACUCUGUGGUUAUUGAAGAUAUUUCUAAUUUUAAAAUAGACAAUAAUUAUACCCUCCUUGAUUCAAUUUAGCGUAUAGGCCCAGUGGCGAUUUUAAAUUGUCCAUUCCUUGAAACAUAGAUGGUAUGAAAAUGAUCAAGAAACACAAGACCGAACCGUGGAGAAAAAAGGUGUCAACAACACACAACCAACCCCCCGCCCCCCCCCCUUCUCUGCAAUAAAAUGAAGCAUUCAAAGAAGUUAUGAAUGCACUUUGUAUACCGUCACUUAGCGUUAAAUAUCAUUUCAUAAAGUAUUGAAAUGAUUGCUGUAUUCACGUAUUGUCCGGCCAUAUUUAAUACAUCUCGUGGUAACGGUCGGUACUACUUUAAGAAAUGGAAAGAUGGAUGGCAUCUUCAAAGGGCAAACAACUUACAUAUAUGAUUUCACCCUAUCCAAAAUAUGAUAUUAUAUUUUUCACCGAUCAUCAGCUUCGAAAUAUAAUUCACUGAAUUGUGUGUGUUGUUGGGAAAAUUGGGAGGGGGGGGGGGGUAAAGUUUGCACUCUUAUUUACCAUGCUCGCCCGGCUUGGUUGUCUCCGGUUUCACUGUGACCUGUAAAUCGUAGGCCUACCCGUUGAAUGAUUGUACGUUUCCAUGGGCUAUCCAACAAUUCAGUCUUUUAUGUCCUUGAACAGUUCAAUUCUGACUUCUUUAAUUCUUAGUUUGUAUAGGAUUCACUGUGAUUUGAAAUGCUAUGUUGACUGUUAGAUAGAGGUGAUGCUAUAUAUUUUCAAUAUUAUUUAUUGUUUGUACUUGUUUGUGAAAUAUUAUGUGAAUUUUUGUCAUUGAAAAAUGGCUGAAACUUUAUUUGAAUUAAGGGACCAAUCGCUGUGAAGAAAUUUGUAUUUAUGAAUAUGAUAUGAAUAACAACAUUAUGCAUCUUUAGUCAUUAUGCACAUUUUAUUAUCUUAAUAAAUGGUUAUUUUUGGUUGGCACCUGUUUCCAUUUCCCCCUUGAAACCUUUAUUCUGCCGAUCCAUUUGUGGUUAAGAGUCUCUCCAUUAGAAUUAUGAAGUUGUUAAGCGUUGUUUUUGGACUUGAGAGGAAACCUGACCACAUACCUAUAAAGCCUGGGUCAUACUUCCUGCAAAUGCGAUAAAAAAAAUUGACGCCACAGCUCCGUUUUCGCUACGAAUAUUUUGCGGAGUUGAGCACUGCCCAAAUUCUUUGUUGCGAAUUAUGUGACUUCGAAUUUCGUAUCGUAUUCGCAUUCAGCAUGGACCGGACUUUGGUCUAGAUUUGAUUUAGUGUAUUUUUUUUGUGAAAGUAAGAACACAAAAGUAUGCGCACAAGAGAUUGUUAUUUUACAGUCUGCAGUUAUUUGAGACCAAAUUAUACGAAAGUGAAUAAUUUUAUUUUUCUCCAUAUCCAAUGUGUUAUCUUCCGUCUGAUUAAGUUUCAAUUUCCAGUUUUGUUUUGUUUUUUGUUUUUUUUUUCUCUUUCUUCUAUGCUUAUGACAACGUUUGCCAAAUUAUUAAUUUGGGUAGAAUAUUAUUGUUGAGAUACAAUGUUUUAAUAUAAUGUUAUCAUGAGCGAUAUAUUGUGCAAUAUUGGUGUAGUAUAAUAUUAUGUGUCAAUAAUUUCAUAUUGUGGAUUUUGAGUAUUCGAUACCUUGUAGAGUUUCACCAUUAAAUUUUAUUGUAAAAAAAAGUAUAGUUUAGGCAUUUCAAUUCUAUAAAGUAUAGAUUUGUGAUUCUUUUACGAAGACAUUAUUUAAACAACAGUGUUUUAAAUCUUAAUAGCGAUGUUGUGAUAAGGGUCAGGUAGCUUCCGGGUAUUGAUCAUUGCUGGCUCAAGGAUAAAGAAAGGAACAUUUAUAGAAACCUAUCGAUACGAGCGAUAAUGCCUUGCGUAUUGAUGCCAACCAUUUAUAGUCCAGUGUAGACUAAUAAUAUUGUGUUCCAUGCCAGCAGAUUACUGUACCGAACUGCAUUUUUCCUAAGGAUGUUAAUCUCUUAUUGUAAUUGAGUCCGCAUACCGCUCUUACAAAGAGCUAAACGGCAAAACUCUUUCUUAUAACGAAAGACGGGUACUUUCAACUCAAUUUAUAGUGAAGUUCGUUCAAUUUCACUCAAAAGAGUGACACAGAUUGACUUUCACUCUCAAAAGAGUGAAAGUGAUACCACUCAAAGAGUGAACUUUUCAGUAUUCUUUUAAACUAAAAGAGCACUAUGGUCAGACACAAAAGGAAUGUUCAAUUGGUACACAUUAUGUUAUAGUAAUUAUAAUAGUUAUUCAGCUUUGAGUUUCUGGAAGAUAAUGGACCCAUGCACUACCACAAAAUCAUAUUCAAAUCCGAAAAAAAAGUUGUGACAGAACGUGUGAAGUCCAAGUGAUAUCCUGUCUCGGAUGCACACUAUGAUGGUAUUAACUGCUCACUGAAUCUCCAAUGAGGUGGAGUUUGACUUACAACACACUCUGCCAUUGCUAUGUUUGAUUUCAUUAGAUACUUCUGUUUAAGGCUCAUGAAUGAGGUCGUGGUUCAAAUCCCGCCCGAGUAGUUAUACCUGCUGAUCUGUCCACAGGGCUUUGUAUUAAACCUGCAUGCACUCUGUGGACAUUCAUUUAUUUCUGUAAGUUAAUCAUAACAAAUAAUUCUUCAACUUUGCUUAAAAAAACACGUUAUUAUGCUGUUCUAUUAUUCCCUUUUCUGAAGGACUUCCUUGUGGGGUCUAGGGGUCCACUGUGCCGUUGUGUGAAAUACCCAAUAAGGGUCCUCCCGUAAGCCCACACACACACGCACACAGCUAUUUGUUGCAAUUACUCUGUUGGCACUGUUUUUUCUGUACACACAAGGAAAAUUCUUCAACAUUGUAAAAAAACAAAACUUUGUGGACAUACGUAAGUCCACAUUUUUCGAAAUUCCUAUCCUUUUUAUUGACCUCUUUCAUUCGCAGGUCCACACUUCCUAAUUAGAAUUUAAACACAUUGUGGACGUCUGUAAGUCCACAUGUUUCAAGUUUCCUAUACCUUUGUUCUUGGGGUCCGGUAUAGCUUGCCCAAGUAUACAGUGUUUAUUUCACAUUGGUUUAUAUUAAAACCAAACAUUUUAUUGUUGUAUUCCCCGAUGCAAAUUACUUCAUUGAUAAAUCCGUUGUUAUCAUCAAAACAUGGUAUUGGCAAAAUGUGUAGUUACCCCCUUCAGACUCCGACUCUUAUAUAAGUUCUUUAUGCGCCCACUGAACGGAUUUAUCGACUGCCAAAUACCCACGCACCUUAUGGAAAAACAGCUAAAGGUUGUUAAAUAUUUUGAGAUGUAAUUAGUUAUAUUUCGAUUUUGAAAAUAUAAAUAUUGGUUUUUAGAAGCAUUGUGUUUCACUUUACAAACGAUAAAAUCAUUGUACAUAAAGUUUGUUUUUAUUUAUCUUAAUAAA